AUGGCCAAGGGGCUGCGUUCUAGCACCUCUGGGGGCAGCUACGGGCCCAGAAAUAGCCCUCAUGGCCGAGCUCUCGAGAUGUCUGUCCACAUGCACUCAGGACAGAGGACUCGUGCCCAGCAAAAGCAGAGCCGGGACGCAAGAAUCCGGGAAGGAUGGGAGCUGAGCUUGGAGAAGGAGGGUGUGCAAGCCCACCGAGUGAAGAAACCGGUAAAUGGGCGACACAUCUCAGUAGCCCCUGAGAAGGAGACCAUGACAGUGACUGGGGAGCAUCCCCCAGAAAAGGGGGGCUGGCACCCCAGAGAAAGCGCAGGCAAGCAGUGCUCCCAGCUGCCCCCUCCACCUGUGCCCAAGCCCCGCGUGGCCCUGGGGUCCCGUGCGGGCUGUGAGGAUAAUAAACCAAGGAGGUACUCAGGACGAAGAGGAAGUGGCCAGAAGGGGAAAAAGCAGGCUGCAGACAGGAUGCAGGUGGGCUGGGGGUGGAGGCAGCCACCGGAGCCUGCUGCCCGCACAGAGAGCCGAGUGCCUGCAGUCUGUGUCUGGAGCGAGAUGCACGCCAAGGCAGGGCCCCCAGAGACCACCCGGUCCUUCACCGGUCUGGGCCGCGGGGACCACCAGGCCUCCGGGCCUCCCAUUGAGCUGACACCAGCCCCAGCCCAGGGCCACGGGCUUGCCGGGGCUGCAGUGCGGGAGCAGCUCCGCAGUCGCCUAGGGCUGCCCUGGGGGCAGCCUCCCCCGGCCCCAGUGCUGGGAACGCUGGCCAUGCUGUGGCUUGGCGCCGUGACUCUUGCCUACGUCCUGUGGCAGGUGCACCUUCCCCCGACCUGCGGCCAGCUGCACCCUGGGGAAGGGCCCAUCGGGCCCAGGGGCCAUGGCUCCAGCCCGGCCUGGGAGUCCCAGAGAGGGGAGGCCAGGCAGCAGCUGCAGGACUCCUGCCGGCUUGUCCUUGUGGAGAGCAUCCCCCAGGACCUGCCCUCCGCAGCUGGCUGCCCGUCUGCCCAGCCCCUGGCCCAGGCCUGGCUGCAGCUGCUAGACACCGCCCAGGAGAGCAUCCACGUGGCCUCCUUCUACUGGUCCCUCACGGGGCCCGACAUUGGGGUCAACGACUCGUCCUCCCAGCCGGGGGAGGCCCUUCUGCAGAAGCUGGAGCAGCUGCUGGACAAGAACAUUUCCCUGGCUGUGGCUACCAGCAGCCGGUCACUGGCCAAGAACUCCACGGACCUGCAGGUCCUGGCGGCGCGAGGUGCCCAGGUGCGGUUCGUGCCCAUGAGGAAGUUCACUGGGGGCGUUUUGCACUCCAAAUUCUGGGUCGUGGAUGGACGGCACAUCUACCUGGGCAGUGCCAACAUGGACUGGCGGGCCCUGACGCAGGUGAAGGAGCUGGGCGCCAUCAUCUAUAACUGCAGCCGCCUGGCCCUCGACCUAGAGAAGACCUUCCAGACCUACUGGGUGCUGGGGGCGCCAAAGGCGGUCCUUCCCAGAGCCUGGCCCCAGAACUUCUCGUCCCACAUCAACCGCUUCCAGCCCCUCCGGGACCACUUUGACGGGGUGCCCACCACUGCCUACUUCUCCGCCUCUCCACCCACGCUCUGCCCUCACGGCCGCACCCGCGACCUGGAAGCACUGCUAGCAGUGAUGGGGGGCGCCAGGGAGUUCAUCUACGCCUCGGUGAUGGAGUAUUUCCCCACCACGCGCUUCAGCCACCCGGCCAGGUACUGGCCGGUGCUGGACACUGCACUGCGGACAGCCGCCUUCAACAGGGGUGUGCGUGUGCGUCUGCUGGUCAGCUGCUGGCCCCACACAGACCCCAGCAUGUUCCCCGACCUGCGGUCCUUGCAGGCUUUCAGCAACCCUGCGGCCGGUGUCUCGGUGGAUGUGAAAGUCUUCAUCGUGCCGGUGGGAAAUCACUCCAACAUCCCGUUCAGCAGGGUGAACCACAGCAAGUUCAUGGUCACAGAGAAGGCGGCCUACAUAGGCACCUCCAACUGGUCGGAAGAUUACUUCAGCAGCACCUCAGGGGUGGGCCUGGUGGUCAGCCAGAGAGCCUCCAGCACCCGGCCAGGGGUGCCCACCGUGCAGGAGCGGCUGCGCCACCUGUUCGAGCGAGACUGGGAUUCCCGCUACGCCGUGGGCCUGGACGGACAAGCCCAGGGCCAGGACUGUGCUUGGCAGGGCUGA